UUUUGUUAACGUUGAAAGAUUCUCCCUCAAUUUCUUCUACUCUUUUCUCACUCCUCAACCGAAGAAAUUGUUUCUCUGGCGCUGCAGAAAUUUACUCCAUAGAUGUUCUUCAGUGGUUGAUAGCUGCUGUAAGCUCCAGAAGCAUUUGAAUUGUACUCCAAGGAAUUGAGAGAUUUAGUCAUGAAGUUCAAGAAGCCGCUCAAGGAGCUCAAGCUCUCUGUUCCUUCUCAAGAAACCUCCGUGUCCAACUUUUUGACUGCAAGCGGAACAUUUCACGAUGGCGAUUUACUCUUGAACAUGAAAGGAUUGCGUCUUAUCUCUGAAGAGAAUGAUCCUCCUCCCUCAGAGUCAAAGGAAAUGGAUCUUCAGAUUUCAUUGGAAGAUCUGGAGACUAUUAAGGUUAUUGGAAAAGGAAGUGGUGGUGUGGUUCAACUUGUUCGCCACAAAUGGGUUAGGAAAAUGUUUGCAUUGAAGGUAAUCCAGAUGAAUAUACAAGAAGACAUCCGUAAGCAAAUCGUGCAAGAGCUGAAAAUUAAUCAAGCAUCGCAAUGCUCUCAAGUUGUCGUCUGUUACCAUUCCUUUUAUCAUAAUGGUGCCAUAUCUUUGGUGCUUGAGUACAUGGACCGAGGUUCGUUGGCUGAUGUGCUCAGACAAGUAAAGACAUUGCUUGAACCUUAUCUAGCAGUCUUGUGCAAGCAGGUCUUACAAGGUCUUGUCUACUUGCACCAUGACAGACAUGUAAUUCAUAGAGACAUAAAGCCAUCGAACCUGCUUGUUAACCAAAAAGGAGAGGUUAAAAUUACAGAUUUCGGCGUGAGCGCAAUGCUGGCCAGCUCCACGGGUCAAAGAGAUACAUUCGUGGGAACAUAUAAUUACAUGGCGCCUGAAAGAAUCAGUGGCGGUUCCUACGAUUACAAAAGUGAUAUCUGGAGUCUGGGCAUGGUAAUCCUUGAAUGUGCUAUAGGGCGUUUCCCUUACAUACAGUCUGAAGACCAGCAGCGUUGGCCAAGCUUUUAUGAACUCUUGGAGGGAAUUGUGGCAGGGCCUCCACCUUCUGCUCCCCCAGAUCAAUUCUCACCUGAGUUCUGUUCAUUUAUCUCCGCAUGCAUACAAAAGGAUCCAAGUGUUAGAGCCUCAUCUCUGGAGCUUCUGAGUCAUCCAUUUAUUCGGAAGUUUGAAGACAAGGACAUCGAUCUUGGCAUUCUGGUAGCCGGCUUGGAAUGUCCUCAAAAUUUUCAAAAGUAACUGUUCUGUUAGUUACGACCUGUAAAAUUUGUAACGAGUUUUCCUUAUACACAGUAUAGUCUAUAUGGUGUGUGAUCCGUAUGGAUCUGAUGCGACUGCCAGUUUAAUGUAUGAAGAUGUUGACCAAAUUUUAUAGCAAUAUAGUAUUUCAAAUCAUUAUAUUAAGUGCACCUUUCUUUACCUCAUUCAUCAGCCCCCUUUGAACAAUGAAAAUGAAUAAAUUAAAC